AUGUCCAAGCCGGUGGACCACGUCAAGCGGCCCAUGAAUGCCUUCAUGGUCUGGUCGCGGGCUCAGCGGCGCAAGAUGGCCCAGGAGAACCCCAAGAUGCACAACUCGGAGAUCAGCAAGCGCCUGGGCGCCGAGUGGAAGCUGCUCACCGAAUCGGAGAAGCGGCCGUUCAUCGACGAGGCGAAGCGCCUGCGCGCCAUGCACAUGAAGGAGCACCCAGACUACAAGUACCGGCCGAGGCGCAAGCCCAAGACGCUGCUCAAGAAGGACAAGUUCGCCUUCCCUGUGCCCUACGGCCUGGGCGGCGUGACCGACGCCGAGCACCCGGCACUCAAGGCGGGCGCCGGGCUGCACGCGGGCGCGGGUGGCGGCCUGGUGCCCGAGUCGCUGCUCGCCAACCCCGAGAAGGCGGCCGCCGCCGCCGCCGCGGCUGCCGCCCGCGUCUUCUUCCCGCAGUCGGCCGCCGCCGCCGCAGCCGCCGCCGCCGCCGCCGCCGCCGGUAGCCCCUACUCGCUGCUCGACCUGGGCUCCAAGAUGGCAGAGAUCUCGUCCUCCUCGUCCGGCCUCCCGUACGCGUCGUCGCUGGGCUACCCCACCGCGGGCGCGGGCGCCUUCCACGGCGCAGCGGCGGCGGCUGCAGCGGCGGCCGCGGCCGCCGGGGGGCACACGCACUCGCACCCCAGCCCGGGCAACCCGGGCUAUAUGAUCCCGUGCAACUGCAGCGCGUGGCCCAGCCCCGGGUUGCAGCCGCCGCUCGCCUACAUCCUACUGCCCGGCAUGGGCAAGCCUCAGCUGGACCCCUACCCCGCGGCCUACGCCGCCGCGCUAUGA